AUGGAUGGAAGGUCUUCAACUUCAACUUCUUGCUCUUCAUCUGUGAGAAAAGAUUCAAAAGGUCACGAUAAAGCUAUAGAGUUUGCUUGCAGUACUUGUUUAUUCUGUGUUUCUUGCCCUCUUUCUAUCGUUUCGUGUUGCAUCAAGCUGCCUUGUAAGAUUGGAUGUAAAGCUGCUGGGCAAGCAAAGAAGCGCUUUACUUGUUGCAGUCCUCGUGGAUCAGUGAAGAAAAUCUAUGCAUCAUAUUCAUCAUUUUCGGACAUGGAUGAUUCUAAUAGUCUGCCAAGUAAAGUAGUACCUGAAACUGGCGCCUUAGACCAACUCGGCCAUCUUGACAUUGAUGAUUCCACAUUAGAAUUAUCUAGAAUUAAGCUGAAGCUACCUGCAGCUAGGCGCCUGCAAAAAGCUGGAGUUUUCUAG